CUUUUAGAUUCAACACCUACUCGAGAAGGGAUCUCUUUCCAGAAGCGACAUAAAAAACCUCCAAAAUUACCCAAAGAUUAUGCUGGUGCUCUUUUAAAAUUUAGUGCUCCCACAAUGCAAGCAAUUCGAGCAAUUGAAAAUUCUCGACUUAAAAAUGGGCAAAUUGGAAAUGAUUUUAAAUCACGUCUCUUUGCUAAAUUUGCAACAAAUCAAAGAUUUGCAGAAAUUGUUGAAAAUAAUGCUCCUCCUCCUAAAAAGAUGGUUAGUAGUAGUAUUCAAACAUCUCCUCGUCAAUCACCAAUUCGUUCAAUACCUCAAAAAAGUUGGCGAUUAA